GUUGCAGAGAACGAGUACGCAAAGUCCACAGACCAGCUUCUUUUCAUUGAUGAACUGAAACCAAUAGAACUGGUGUUCUGUCUCAGUGCGGUCAGCUGUUGGCCACCUCCCUACGUGGAAGACUUUCAUGCUAGAGAACAGUCUACUUCAUUGACGGAUGGGCCGGCUGAAGCAACUGACCUUGAGGUGGAUCAAUUGGAUCCUCAUGCGGGAGAUCGAAAGGAGGGUGAAGGUUAG